AACUACCAAAUGUUUUCGCUUCAAUACUGCGUAAUCUCAACUUUUUUGUUGUUAUCGAAUUGUAAAAACCAAAUACUAGAUGUUGCAAAAACACAGGUGUGGGGGCCAGGACUCAAGCCUGACGAUAUUGUUCUACCAGCUCGAUAUUUUUUUAUUCACGCCAUCGACAAUAAUGGAAAAAAAAUUACGUCCAUGACACAUAUAAAUUUUCAAGUGAGCAUCAAUGGCUAUUCCAAGGAUGGGAAAUGCAGAUCAAAUAUAAAUUAUAUUGACCGCGAAGAUGGAUCUGUUAUUGUUCGCUACACGAUUGCGGAUUUUUGCGAACAAGUGGAAAUUAGUGUAAAAUACAAUUCUUCGCACGUGGCACAGUCUCCGUAUUAUAUACAGAAUAAAGUAUAUUCAGAGCGAUGCUACUGCCCUCAGAACUUAGAUAUUUGGUUAUUGAAUAAUAGAUGUUCGGAUUUUUUAAAAGAAAAACAGAUAUCUUGGGAUUUGCAUUUAUUUAAACGCGUAAACUUUAGUGCCAUUAGAGAGAAUAUAUUAAAACGAUAUAACGCCCCUGAAAGUAUUUCUUUAUGCCACUAUGUAGUCAAACAGCAACAAAUUUGGAGAAAAUGUUUUGGCAAAUAUACUGGCUUUAAGAUGUUUAUGGAUGCAACGUUAUCAGCGCUUGCUCGUGUAGUUUGGUUACCAGAAAUGGAAUUUUAUUUAAAUCUUGGUGAUUGGCCACUUUCAAGAAAAGGUGGCCAACAAAGAACUUCAGGACCCUAUCCCAUAUUUUCCUGGUGUGGAAGUGAUGAUAGUUAUGACAUUACGUUACCGACUUACGAUAUAACCGAGUCGACGUUGGAGAACAUGGGACGAGUCAUGUUAGAUAUGCUCUCAGUUCAGCAAACUGAUAUUCCAUGGGACAACAAAGAAGAAAUAGGGUUUUUUCGCGGUCGAGAUUCCAGGCGGGAAAGGCUAAAAUUAAUCGAUUUGGCCAGGAAAUUUCCAGACUUGAUCAAUGCAUCUAUUACCAACUUUUUCUUUUUUCGCAAUGAAGAACAAAAAUAUGGUCCCAGAGUGCCUCACAUAUCAUUUAUGGAGUUUUUCAGGUAUAAAUAUCAGCUGAAUAUUGAUGGGGCAGUUGCAGCAUAUCGGCUACCCUAUCUCCUUGCUGGUGGUUCCUUAGUAUUCAAACAAGAAUCGCCCUACUAUGAGCAUUUUUAUAGCAAGCUGCUGCCGUACAAACAUUAUGUGCCAAUCAAGCGAGAUCUUAGCGAUAUCAUAGAAAAAAUAAGAUGGGCAAAAGACAACGACAUACGUGCAAAGGAGAUCGCUUUAGCUGCGCGGAAGUUUGUUGAGGAAAACCUUUUACCUCAGCACAUCUAUUGCUAUCACAUGACACUAUUUAAAGAAUGGAGCAAUCGCCUUAUAUCGCCAGUCAAAGUUCUCCCAGAUAUGGAAAAACUAAGUUUAAGCUACUCAUGCUCAUGUGAAAAAGGCCAGAAUAGGGAUGAACUAUAAGCUGUACAUGUUUUAGGACGUUCAACCAAUCAGAUGAAUAAGUACAUACAUACAUAUAUAUACAUCCAUAUGUAUAUGUACAGAAAUCAUUUUCUCACAAGAUUUAAUCAUACUUGAAAUUAACGAAAACAUAAACAGUUGCAUAAUACCAAAGACUAUACAAUACCAAGAUGUUGCAUGAGGAACAAAUUCUUUUUCAGUUUUCGUUUGACACUUCAUGGUACGGUCGCGAGGGGCUAUUACUUUAAUUCUCUUUUACGCUACCUUCGCCUCCGAAAUGCUACUCGGCUUCGUCAAUG